UCCUUAUACCUCAGAGGCACAGGCUGAAUUAGCAGGGACUGUUAUAAAAGCGUUAGAUUUCAGGCCCACAGCUGUCUCAGAAGAGGAGGGGGAGGAGGUGUUCAUGGAUCCAGUUGUGGUCCUGGUGCUCUGUCUCUCCUGUUUGCUUCUCCUUUCACUCUGGAUACAGAGCUCUCGGAAUGGGAAGCUCCCGCCUGGCCCCACUCCUCUCCCAAUUCUUGGAAACAUUGUACAAUUAGAUAUUAAGAACAUCAGCAAAUCCUUGAGCAAUCUCUCAAAAGUCUAUGGCCCUGUGUUCACUGUGUAUUUUGGCAUGAAGCCCACGGUGGUAUUGUAUGGAUAUGAAGCAGUGAAGGAAGCUCUGAUUGAUCUGGGAGAGGAGUUUUCUGGAAGAGGCAGUUUCCCAGUGAUUGAAAGAAUUAAUAAAGGACUUGGGAUCGUGUUCAGCAAUGGAAAGAGAUGGAAGGAGAUCCGUCGCUUCUCCCUCAUGACCCUGCGGAAUUUCGGGAUGGGGAAGAGGAGCAUUGAGGACCGUGUUCAAGAAGAAGCCUGCUGUCUCGUGGAGGAGUUGAGAAAAACCAAUGCUUCACCCUGUGAUCCCACUUUCAUCCUGGGCUGUGCUCCCUGCAAUGUGAUCUGCUCCAUUAUUUUCCAGAAUCGUUUUGAUUAUAAAAAUCAGACUUUUCUAGACAUAAUGGAAAAAAUGAAUGAAAAUCUCAAGAUUCUGAGUUCCCCAUGGUUGCAGAUCUGCAAUACUUUCCCUGCUCUCCUUGAUUAUUUCCCAGGGAGUCAUAAUAAAUUAUUUAAAAAUGUUACUCAUGUAACAGGUUAUGUUUUGGAGCAAAUAAGGGAACACCAAACAUCCCUGGACAUUAACAAUCCUCGGGACUUAAUUGAUUGUUUCCUGAUCAAGAUGGAGCAGGAAAAGCACAAUCAAAAGUUGGCAUAUACAUUUGAAAACUUGGCAUUCACUAUAUCUGAUUUGUUUGGAGCUGGGACAGAGACAACAAGCACCACUCUGAGAUAUGGUCUCCUCCUCCUGCUCAAGCACCCAGAGGUCACAGCUAAGGUCCAGGAAGAGAUUGACCGAGUGAUUGGCAGACACCGGAGCCCCUGCAUGCAGGACAGGAGCCGCAUGCCCUACACGGAUGCUGUGGUGCACGAGAUCCAGAGAUACAUCGACCUGGUGCCCAGCAGCGUGCCUCAUGCCGUGACCUGUGACGUUAAAUUCAGAAACUACCUCAUCCCCAAGGGCACAGACAUACUAACGUUGCUGACUUCUGUAUUGCAUGAUGACAAAGAAUUCCCCAACCCAGAGGUGUUUGACCCUGGCCACUUCCUGGAUGACAAUGGCAACUUUAAGAAGAGUGAUUACUUCAUGGCUUUCUCAGCAGGAAAACGUAUUUGUGUAGGAGAGAGCCUGGCCCGCAUGGAGCUGUUUUUAUUCCUAACCACAAUUUUACAAAACUUUACCUUGAAAUCUGUGGUUGACUCAAAGGACAUUGACAUCACCCCAGUUGUCAAUGGGCUGGCUUCUGUGCCACCUCCUUACGAGCUCUGCUUCAUUCCUGUGUGAGAAAAGGUAGAUCAUAUGCCUUUUUCAGUGCUAUUGUUUUCAACUCCCUCUCAUGUGGGGUAUUGUUCACUUUUUUCCAGUCAGUCUUUCCUGAAUGCCUUCUCUGAUCAAUCCUCUUCUCAUCAUGCAGUUUCACCACAGAAGUGUAUGUGCUAUUCUUCAUACUCUGUAACAUCUGUAUUGGCCACCAUGUAUGCUAGCACUUCUCUAAUACUAAGUAGUACUAUAUACAUAGUACUACACACAAUACAAAAUAGAACAGAAUGAGUAGAUUAUGCCAAUGCAAGCCAUUUCCCCUGUGUAUAAUCUUAAUAAAAAUUAUAAUUUGAUGA